AUGGGGAAAGAGUCAUACGAUGAAUCUCCUGAUGUCACCUCCAACAAGGUCGCCUCGAUCAUCCCCUUCCGGGACCUUGAGCCAUCUUGGCAUGUCUCCAGCGCAAAGAUCCCCGGAUUCAUGCGAUGGCUGAUCAGCUGGGUUGGCGGGCCCGCGGGAUACGUGAAUCCCAGCCUUGGACGUGCAGUUACAGGUGAAAACAUUGGCGUCGGAUACAUGUACCUCCCAAUCGGGCAGCGUCAAGAAGGCCUACACUACCACAGUAUCACGGAGAUCUAUAUCAUCCUGAAAGGUCACGUCCAAAGCUACGACGCUGACGGAGGAUCCCAUCUAGCCGGGCCUAUGGACUGCAUAUACAUCCCCAAAGGCGUCCCGCAUGGCGUCCGCAACUGCGGAUUUGAGGACGUUGAGCUAGUCUGGCUACACGACGGGAUAGAGGCGAAGGGAGUGACCGUCUACUGUAAUACGCAGGAAGAACUUGAUCGGGCUCCAUCGCGGGAUCCCAUUCUCACAGUCAGCUUGAAAGACUUGGAUCCCUCGUGGGCAGCGCCGCGGGCCAAAGAACCCGAGUUCCUGCGAUGGUCUGUGAACUGGGUCGGAGGGGACAAAGGGUUUCUAGACCUCAACCCUGGUGUGUCGGUGGUGAGUGACAAGCUAGCCUUGGGGAUGACCACCGUGCUGCCAGGCCACAAGCAGGUGCCUCACAGCCACGAAACGGCCGAGGUCUACAUCGUGGUCGGCGGCAAGGGGAUCGUUAACCUGGGCAAAGGAAAUCAGGAGGUCGGGUACCUGGACGGGCUGUAUUUCCCACCGGGGACACCUCAUUGUUUGAGGAACCACGGAAGCGAGCCCCUGCUUAUCGUCUGGGCAUUAGAACGCCCUGAGAGAAAGGGUGCCGUCAAGUAUUACGACGCCUGUGGGAAUGUUCUCGUCCAGACCAAUGGCACUCAUUAG